AUGAAAAAAGAGGAAGACAGGAAGAAAACUAGAAGAAAAACGCUCCCCAGCUUGUGUUCCGUGUCAGCUUUGCUAUUGUCUUUUGGGUGUUGUAUCGCUUUAAUUCACGUGGAACUCCGAAUACGGGAACAUCAUCGGCUGAUGUCACAUUCAGUAAAAUUCUGUGAUCAGAGGCAAACACAGAUUCUUCGGAAAGUUCAGCAGAAUUACGAACGAUGGGAAUCUACGAAAGCUGAUGGUUUAAAAGGUCAUUUGCAGGGGACAAAUGGUGAGGAACAGUUUUAUAAUUCUAACACACCGUGUUAUUAUCAGUUUGUUUCAGAUACUUUCAUUAUGAAAAUCAUUCUUGCUUAGUAUGUGAGAAGUUGUUAUUGAAGUUGUUAUUCUGACUCAGGGAAUCCGAAAGGAGGGGACUGAUCAUGAGAGACUUGUAUAGGAGGCUGUAUGAACACUAGAAUACAAAAGCCAACUGCGAGUAGAGUAAAUUUCCUGCAAACCAACCCGUUCAGUCCGCCAGUUUUCAAAGCGGCUCUGUACAUUUUAAUGUAGAGUGAACUAUAAAAAAGCCGUCAUCCACAUACAGUGCUAUAAAAUAAUUCAGUGUAUAUAUGAUACAUAUUGAACACCAAAUGAGUCCGUAUUUCCUUCAGGUUACAUAGAGGAGAUGGCGAGUUAACAAAUGGAUGUAACUUGAACUGUUCUUUAGUAUAUGUCUAUUUUUGGAUGCUAACUGAGGUCGCAUGAGGAAGAAAAUCGUUAAGAACAACUGCCGUUUUAUGGUUGGCUUAGUUUUUGGACGUUUGUAUAUUUUCAACUUUCACGUUUAUCGUUUUACUUCAGUAAUGCUCACAAAGGUCUUUAUUAUUUUUGAAAGGUCUUGGCCGGUAUGAAAACGUCAAUUCAAGACAGAAACGAGCAUCACCCGUUAAUUCACAACCAGCAUCGGUCCAAACUGCAUCUCAAGUAAGACUACUCAUCAAAGAAGAGCUUCGUCUCCUCCAAAACCAAUUCUGUGCUAAAGAUGAAAUGCUAUGCCGCUCAGGUGCAAGAGGUAAAACAGGACGACGAGGAAGACCCGGAUCACAAGGGAGACCAGGCCCCCCAGGGACGCCCGGGCCCGAAGGACCUCCUGGUAAACAUGGGCCAGUAGGACCUUCAGGACCUAUUGGCAUUAAAGGUGAUCUCGGAAUACCGGGUGUCCCUGGUCCCAUGGGUCCUAGAGGCCCACCAGGUCAAAAGGGAACGAAGGGCGAGCCGUGCCAGUCCAUCACGGCUCCUUCUCUGCUGCAGAGUCCUGUUGCAACAACUGUCAAUCAAAGUCAGACAGCCAUCUUGAAAUGUUCAACAGAUGGUAAUCCAACUCCACAGAUCACGUGGUCUAAGAUGAACUCCCGGCUUCCUGUUGGACGUCACAAGGUAGAGUCCAGUGGUGCUCUGAUUUUGAAGAACGUGAGGACUGAGGAUGAGGGGCUUUACAGCUGUGAAGCUAAAAAUUUACUAGGGAACGUUAACGCUUCAGCUAAACUCACUGUACAGUGUAAGUAGAACGAGGAUUGUAGUUAUCGUCAAUUACUACCGAAGCUCUAAUGAUUAAAUUUUAGAAAAUGAUAUUUUAAAGUGUACAGAAAAAGGCUUUAAGAAAAUCUAGUUCAAUAAAACAUCGGAAAUACUUCACUUCAAAACAUGAUACUAAAACACCGUUUAGAAAUUAUUGUAACAAAAACGCUUUCUGAACCCUUUUUAAUUUUGCCAACACCAUUGUUUCCUGUUAACGGUAUCAAGAAGGCUCAAAGCCCAGACUAGAAAACAAUUUAUCUACUCAAAAUAAACCACUAGCAAACACAUUUUGUGAUAAAUGAUCAUGAUUUCUUAAACCGCUCUCUAAGUUAGACUUUCUAAAAUAAACGACCCUAUUUUCGAUUUCUCGCCAGUUGCUCCGCUGCUUUCGUUGUCAUCCAAUCGACUAAUAGCUGAAGAGAAACAAAACGUCACCAUUGCCUGCACUGCUACUGGUCAGCCGUCUCCUAAGAUCACGUGGUCCAAGGCAGUGGGAAGUUUACCUGGAGGUAGAAUCAAGGUGCAAGAUGGAACCAUGAAAAUCUGCAGUGUCACAAAAAAGGAUGCCGGAACAUACAUCUGUAAAGCGGAGAACAUUCUGGGAUUAGCGACAGACACGGCCCAACUCACAGUAUUCUCUCCAUUGCGGUUCAAAGUCCGUCCUCCACAAGAAGUGUCUCCUGUCAUUGGUUCAACUCUCCGUUUGCCGUGUGUGGCCGGGAGUGAGCUGAGUACUACACUUACGUGGACAAUGGAUGGCGCUAGUGUACUUCCUGUAAAUGCCCGUGUUCUUCAAAAUGACACUCUAGUUAUUAAGAACAUCAAGAAAACUCAAAGAGGAUCUUACACUUGUCGAGCGAGUAAUGCCCUGGCAACAAUAGAAGGUAAAGUUAAAAUCACUCCAGUUGUUACUUCCUGUUCUGAAAUUAAAAAAUACGUCAAAAGUGCAAGCGGAAAUUAUGUCAUUGAUCCUGAUGGUGAGGAAGGUCUGGCACCAUUCACGGUCUUCUGUGACAUGGCUGAUAAAAGUGGAGUUGGCGUGACAGUCAUUAGUCACGACAGUGAGAGUAGAACUCAUGUGUCUGGAUGUGAUUCACGAGGGUGUUACUCACGUGACAUUCAUUACACAGGAGCGAGCCUGUCUCAGCUGGCGAGUCUCACCAGAGUCUCUUCACAAUGUGAGCAGUUUAUCAAGUACGAGUGUUAUGGUUCAAGGCUCUUAAGAAGUGGAUUUGCCUGGUGGGGGUCACGUGAUUCCACAAAGAUGACGCACUGGGGUGGAGCGUCACCUGGCAGUGGUAAGUGCGCAUGCGGGAUGACCAACUCAUGUGCACACUCCAGUUAUGGUUGUAACUGUGAUAAGAAUGACGAUGUAUGGCGUGAAGACAGCGGUCUUCUCACUGACAAGAAAAAGCUUCCAGUAAAACAGCUCAGGUUUGGUGAUGUGGGUAGUGGCGAGGAAGGUUAUCACACUCUGAGAAAACUGAAAUGCUUUGGUAUUGCGUGACAUUACGAUCUAUAGUAAUGUAAAACUUUGUAAUCGGGUAAAUUACCAUUCAUGUAACAUUUUUUUCGAGCGUAGCUCUGUAAAGUAGCAAUGAGUAGCAACAGCAGAGCAAAGAUGCUGCUCUGUACCUGGGGAUAUCGAUGUCAGUUCUUUAUGUUGCUUGUAAGGUCGAUAGUUCAGUUAGUGAAUGAGGGAGGGUUAAAAUGAAUGACAAUGUCUUUGACUUCAGAUUACUAGUUAAAAUGUUAAGAUUAAGUUUAAAGUUUUGAAAACACAGCCUCUUCCUUGCUCAUUUCAGCUUUCAGAAAAUCCUCUGUUUGCAGCAUGGCCAUGUUCCAAGUGGCCUAGAAAAAGACACAAUGAGAUCAACCCUUAGCGUUUUUGUUUUCACAUUAAAACGUAAGCGAUUGAAAAUUAUUCACUUCUUCUAAAUGAAACUCAGAGGAAACGCAGAAUUAUAGGCCUCGAGGGGAUGAAGGAAGCUUCCUUUCUGGUCUCCCCACCCUCCUCCCCAAAAGGAGCGUGGUCACUCUAUAUUUCGCUACUACACACCCCACCCCCUCCCCCUGAGAGCCAUCUCACACAAAAGGAUAAAUACUUUGGCGGCAAGAGUUAAGGUGGAUAAUUAUCGGUCCUGGUGGAUCCAAUCAGCCAAUUUUUGUGAAACGAAGCACUAAAGCAAGCCUGGCUAAGGUUUAGAUAAAUAGUUUUCGUUUUAGAAGUUGGUAACCUAGUUUCUAGCGCGCUCGCGUAAGCACCCCGGAAUAAAUACCAGUGUACUCCAAUUGUGAAUUGUUCACCUUUACUUGAAACUCCCUAUCAGCGAGGAGCUCGCGACACGAAGGAGCAAAGAUAAAGCAAAGUCCGUUCCUCGUGGGAGGAGAUUCACGCUUACUUGCGUUAGCACAAACGGAUCUUUUCCAAACACUUGUACUGCAUCCGUAAAAAAUUUACUAUGUACUCUAAAUGUUCUCUUGAGUAAUUCAGGUUGUGAUGUAUUCCUAACAUAGUGGUUAUGGACUUUUCUUCCGGAUAUCUGGCUUGCAAGAACUACAGCCGGUCCUUGACAAGACUGACACGAUCUGGACAAAUACGACUGAGAAACGAAAAUGAACAAAACAAAAUACUGGAAGGGAGCCAACAAGGCACAAAAACGACGAAAACCAAAAAUCUCAAGGGGGUAAAAACAGGGUAAAAAGUGAAGUAACGUAGCUGAUUUAAUUUGCUUACGACAGUGGAUCCUACAUAUAACGAAGGCCCGAGGGACUGGCAAAAUAUGUUCCCUAUAAAGAGGUUUCGUUAUAUCGACGUCCUUUUCAGUACAUGGUGCUAUUUCUGAGGCAGAGUAUCGUUCGUUAUACCGAGGACUUCGUUAUAUAGAGGUUCCACUGUACGAUGUUUUUCAUUAAAAUCCCAACUCUGUUAAAAAUGGUAUUAGAGAGUUUAAGCUUCACGGUUCACGCCAAAAGGAUUCAAGUUAAGAAUUUCUCCAAAUAGAACAUGAGCAGAUAAAAACAGCUCAGAAAAUUCUUUUGGAUAAAAAAUUGCAUGAAACUACUACUGUGUGUAGAAAUAAUGAACAGUAGGCGACAAGCAAAGGGGAAAAUUGGUCACGUGCUGGUCACGUGGUAUCAAUUCGCGUUUGCCGUUUGACAUAAACGUGAUGCUUAACCCCUCAUUAGCAUUGAAAUGAAACGUCUUUUGUAGAACUUUUACAUAGUGCUUUUUACUUCUAAGAAUUUUACAAUAAGAAAUUAGAUUUAGUCCUUUGCUUUCUGGGGUUUUUUCUCAUUUUUUUACCCGCUGUUGGAGAUUGCUCGCAGUCUAACAAAACCACGGCCAAAGCCAAAGUGCCAAAGUGCAAAGACUACAACAUUACCGAUUACCGCUGGUUAAAAUAAUCAGUAUAAACCUAGAUAUAAAUCUAAGCAACGUUCAAAAAGGUUGAGGCGACGUUUUUCAAGUGAAGUGCGUUCGGCCUUAUUUAACAGAUAUGCCUAUCUCAAACACACCUCACAAAUCCAAACGCCUUGGCUUCUUUACCUGUAAAACGUCUGUCAGUAAAGCAUAACUGCCUUACAAGACUGACGAAGAGGAAGGCAAGAAGUUUGUUUAUAAUCGUGACUUAUUCUACGUCCCUUUUUUUAAAUUAAAUUUUUUCAGUUAAAAUUGAUUCACAACCGGUAUGACGUUACCAGUCUUUUAACAACCCCAGCUUCUGGUCCAUUCAACGUUUUAAUACACGACCUUCCUCUUAGGAGACUGGUUCAGACUUAUUUAAUGUCGUUAGUACCACUGAAGGAAUUUAUGCUUAGGAAAUGCUUUGUAUUAUUAUUGCAAAUAUUCUAUGCAAGAUAUAUAUCUGGCUUUUGCACUUUUACAAAAAUACGUGAUCUAGUCACUCCGUAUGUCUAGUCAUACUUUUUCUAUUUUUAGUUGAAUGCCAAUUAAAAACUAUGUUGAUUUAUUUCUGGUCAUAAUUUUGGUUUCGUAUCGUUUAACCCUGACCCAUGAUGAAUUCCUCUCGGGACUUCAAAGGGAUUUAUUUUCUAUUAUUGUAUGGUUCUUUCCGGUAUUGAGCAAUAUGGACAGAAUCCUGCUUUCUUGUUGGUUGCCCUAGCGCGCAAUACGCAUAGACCUUUUUGUGUCAUUGCCCACUGUUGCUCCCCCACAAAUGUAUUUUCUCGCGUUUGGGAAUUCACGCAGUGUUUGCAGUUCGGUAUUUGGGUGUUACAUCAUAGCAUGCUUCUGCAUGCUGUUAUUUGUGUUAUCGUAUAUAAGGAGUACGUUACAGGACAAGGUCACUCUACGGCAUCUCUCUAAGCAACUCACGUUUCGCUUUACUUUUCUUUUACGGACCGGCUUUCUUUUUUCGUUUCCGCUUUGUGCUUUACUCCUUUCUUGAUAUUCUCUAGUUUGCGCUUAUUGUCAUUUUUUUUUAUGAAGUCGUUUGUUUGGCGUGCUUCAAAUAUUUUCUCGAUAACCUUUUUCUUUUUCUUAUUAAUUCACGUUUAAUUUUUUCACAUACCUCCGUUCAGUGUGCAGUUUUGCAGUUGUAAUUUAUUAAGUCCGUUAUAGAAUUAUUCUCACUGAUAGUGUUAGGGCCCGUUUACAUGGGGGUGGGGGACCCCAGGUAGGUGAGGUAACCCGCGGCGGGUCACCCCACCUGUGAUGUAAACAUGAUCAAAUUUAAAACGAGAGAUUAUAUGGACAGGCGGGUUACUCCACCAACGCGGGUUACCUCCACUCAGUUGCUCCCAAACAAAGGAAAAAGUGUUUCCCCGGAAGCCGGCUCAGCAAUUCGUUACCUCUGGGAAAUCUGUUGUGAAAAGUGGGAAAUUUCCUGUGCGUCUUCAGUAAUAGAGCCCCAACAUGUACUUGCAGAGCGUCUGUAAAUCUUGAAGGUAGUAGAGACAACAAAAAUUAUGUAAGAAGUGUUUCACAAAAUCUGAAUUCGAUUCCAAUAAAGACUGAAAUUGCAAAAGUUGGCCAUAUAAUAAAUUCUUUACUGACAAGGCUUAUUUUUCGGGCCCGAAUACAUAAAUAAGCGCAAUGACAAAAGAAACAUCAACUUGACCUCGCACCAAGUCAAAAAAUACAUGUAUCAUUUACAACUGUCUAGGUUACUUCCGUUUUUUUAGGGUCGGAAUUCAGACACGUUUCAGCUCACGCUGUAGCUACUGCUAAACAAAAGACUGAGUUUUCUUUGGUAGAGAAGUAUCACUUUACGCCUUCCUCGCUCUAGUAGCUUGUGUUUGACUUUGUAAGAGUCUCAAAACUGAUUUAAACAUGAAAAAAGAGGAAGACAAGAAGAAAAACAGAAGGAAAACACUUCACAGCUUGUGUUCCGUGUCAGCUUUGCUAUUGUCUUUUGGGUGUUGCAUCGCUUUAAUUCACGUGGAACUCCAAAUACAAGAAUAUCAUCGACUGAUGUCACAUUCAGUAACAUUCUGUGAUCAAAUGCAAUCGCAGAUUCUUCGGAAAGUUCAGCAGAAUUACGAACGCUGGCAAUUUACGAAAGCUGAUGGUUUAGAAGGUCAUUUGCAGUGGACAAAUGGUGAGGAACAGUUUUAUAAUUCUAACACACAGAGUUAUGAUCAGCUUGUUUCAGAUCCUUCCAUUUUGAAAAUCAUUCUUGCUUAGUAUGUAAGAAGUUGUAUUUUCAUAACGUUAUUCUGACUCAGGGAAUUCGAAAGGAGGGGACUGAUCAUGAGAGGCUUGUAUAGGAGGCUGUAUGAAUACUAGAAUACAAAAGCCAUUGCGAGUAGAGUAAAUUUCCUGUAAACCAACCCGUCCAGUCCGCCAGUUUUCAAAGCGGCUCUGCACAUCUUCAUCUAGAAUGAACGAUAAAAACACCGUCAUCCACAUACAGUGCUAUAAAAUAAUUUAGUGUAUAUAGGAUAUAUAUCGAACACCAAAUGAGUCCGUAUUUCCUUGCGGCUACAAAUGAGGAGAUGGCGAAUUAACAAAUGGAUGUAACUUGAAGUGUUCUUUAGUAUAUGUCUAUUUUUGGAUGCUAACUGAGGUCGCAUGAGGAAGAAAAUCUUUAAGAACAACUGCCGUUUUAUGGUUUGCUUAGUUUUUGGACGUUUGUAUAUUUUCAACUUUCACCUUUAUCUUUUUACUUCAGUAAUGCUCAGAAAGGUCUUUAUUAUUUUUGAAAGGUCUUGGCCGGUAUGAAAACGUCAAUUCAAGACAGAAACGAGCGUCACCCGACAAUUCACAGCCAAAAUCGGUCCAAACUACAUCUCAAGUAAGACUACUCAUCAAAGAAGAGCUUCGUCUGCUACAAAACCAAUUCUGUGCUAAAGAUGAAAAGCUUUGCCGCUCAGGACCAAAAGGUAAAACAGGACGACGGGGAAGACCCGGAUCCCAAGGGAGACCAGGCCCCCCAGGAAAACCCGGGCCAGAAGGACCUCCUGGUAAACAUGGGCCAGUAGGACCUCCAGGACCCGUCGGCAUUAAAGGUGAUCUCGGAAUACCGGGUGUCCCUGGUCCCAUGGGUCCUAGAGGCCCACCAGGUCAAAAGGGAACGAAGGGUGAGCCGGGACAGUCCAUCAGGGCUCCUUCUCUGCUGCAGAGUCCUGUUGAAACAACUGUCAAUCAAAGUCAGACGGCCAUCUUGAAAUGUUCAACAGAUGGAAAUCCAACUCCACAAAUCACGUGGUCUAAGAUGAACUCGCAGCUUCCUGUGGGACGUCACAAGGUGGAGUCCAGUGGUGCGCUGAUUUUGAAGAACGUGAGGCCUGAGGAUGAGGGGCUUUACAGCUGUGAAUCUAAAAACUUACUGGGGAAUGUUAAGGCUUCAGUUAAACUCACUGUACAGUGUAAGUAGACUUGGUCAUAUACAAAUAGAACGAGAAUUGUAGUUAUCGUCAAUUACUACCGAAGCUCUAAUGAUUAAAUUUUAGAAAAUGAUAUUUCAAAUUGUACAGAGAAAGGCUCUAAGAAAAUCUAGUUCAAUACAACAUCGGAAAUACUUCAUUUCAAAACAUGAUACUAAAACACCGUUUAGAAAUUAUUUUAACAAAAGCGCUUUCUGAGCCCUUUUUAAUUUUAACACCUUUAUCAAACAUUGUUUCCUGUUAACGGUAUCAAGAAGGCUCAAAGCACAGACUAGAAAACCAUUUAUCUAAUCAAAAUAAGUCACCAGCAAACACAUUUUGGGGCAAAUGAUCACGAUUUCUUAAAUCGCGCUCUAAACGAUUCUAAUUUCUAUUUCUUGCCAGUUGCUCCGCUGCUUUCGUUGUCACCCAGUCGACUAAUAGCUGAAGAGAAACAAAACGUCACCAUCGCCUGCACUGCUACUGGUCAGCCGUCACCUAAGAUGACGUGGUCCAAGUCAGUGAGAAGUUUACCUGGUGACAGAAUCAAGGUGCAAGGUGGAAUCCUGAAAAUCUACAGUGUCACAAAGAAAGAUGGUGGAGUAUACAUUUGUAAAGCAGAGAAUAUUUUGGGAUUGGCGACAGACACGGCCCAACUCACAGUGUUUUCUCCUUUGCGGUUUAAAGUCCGUCCUCCACAAGAAGUGACUCCUGUCAUUGGUUAUACUGUCCAUCUGCCGUGUUUGGCAGAGAGCGACCUGAGUCCUACAACUUAUUGGCGAAAGGAGGGCAAGUCUUCCCUUUCGUUGGACUCUAAUGUUCUUUCGAAUGGAACUCUGGUUCUUCAGAACAUCAAGAAAUCUCACGAAGGAUCUUAUAUCUGUAGAGCAAGUAAUGCCUUGGCAAGAAUAGAAGCUAAAGUCAAAAUCAAUUCUCCUGUUAUGGCUACUUCCUGUUCUGUGAUUAAAAAAUACGCCAGCAGUGUAAGUGGAAAUUACGUCAUUGAUCCUGAUGGCGAGGGAGGUGUGACACCAUUCACGGUCUUCUGUGAAAUGGCUGACAAAAGUGGAGUUGGCGUGACUGUCAUUAGUCACGACAGUGAGAGUAGAACCCAUGUUUCUGGAUGUGAAUCUAAGGGGUGUUACUCGCGUAACAUUUAUUACACAGGAGCGAGUCUGUCUCAGCUGGCGCGUCUCACCAGAGUCUCUUUACACUGUGAGCAGUUUAUCAAGUACGAGUGUUACGAUUCAGCGAUAUUCAGAAUGGGGGGAAUGGCCUGGUGGGUGUCACGUGAUUCCGCAAAGAUGACAUACUGGGGUGGAGCGUCACCCGGCAGUGGUAAGUGCGCAUGCGGAAUGACCAACUCAUGUGCAGACUCCAGUUAUGGUUGUAACUGUGAUAAGAAUGACGAUGUAUGGCGUGAGGACAGCGGUCUCCUCACUGACAAGACAAAGCUUCCAGUCAAACAACUCAGGUUUGGUGAUGUGAGCGGAAGCGAGGAAGGUUACCACACUCUGGGGAAACUGAAGUGCUUUGGUAUUGCAUGAAAUGUGUCUCAAUUGUUUAAAAAAACUUUUAACUUAUAGAGAGAUAUAAAAUCACGUUUACGGCAAACGUGGACUUGUGCCACAUGACCAAGUUUCCCCAUUACUUGUCGUUGACUGUUUAUUACAACUUCACGGAAAUCAUUAGUUUCAUGUCCGUUUUUUCCAUAACAAUUAUUCUGAGCCGUUUUUAGCAGCUCAUUUUCUUUUUUUAGAAUUUGUAUACUUGAAUCUGACGUUAACCAUUUAAAGUAAACGUUAGUCUUAAUCUCUUCAUUUUUAAAAAAAAUACUGAGCUUCAAAGUAACGAUAUGUUUCAAAUGAGGUUUAGAAAGAGCUUGCAAUUUAUGUUUGUCGGUUUUGUUCCAAUGAUGAGCAAACAGCUAAUUUUUGUGAAAAGAAUCAAUAAAGCAAGCCUGAUUAUAGAGCUUAGCUAAUGUAUACGUGCUUUCCUUUUCAACAAAUCUGACCUUUGCUGCAUUACUGGCUAUAUCAUCAAUUCCAUUAAUUAUAUCACUUACCGUCAAUGAAUAGCUUUUCUAUCCAUAUCAAUUCAGCGGCGAUUGCAUAUGACACGUUUAUACUUCCGCUACUCCUUGAGCUAAAGAAACAUCCCAUCGGAUAAUCUCCACCUCUUUCUUUAUCACAAUACAACUAGUGCGCAUUUUGGGACCGAAACUCCAACACGCUUCAGCGCUUUAGCAUCCGCUAUUGCUAUUUCUAAAGAAACCUUAGUCCUAAGUCCUCAGCGCGGUCCAGUUUUCUUAGACAAAGAAGUUUUACUUAACGCCACUAGAGCUAAAUUGAGCUACAGUUUAACGUUGUCUCUUAAACUGAUCGAAAAUGAAACAACCGAGUGAGGACAACAACCAGAAAAAGACAAUAAAAACACUCCACAGCUUGUGUUCCGUUUCAGCUUUGCUGUUGUCUGUUGUGUGUUGUAUGGCACUAAUUCACGUGGAACUUCGAAUACAAGAACAUCAACGACUCAUAUCACAUUCAGUAACAGUCUGUGAUCAAAUGGAAACGCAGAUUCUAGGGAAAGUUCAGCAGAAUUACGAACGAUGGCAAGUCAGGAAAGUUGAUAAUUUUAAAGAUCAACGGCAAGAAACAAAUGGUGAGGAUAAAUUAGAAAACAACGUAAGAUUUUCAUUACUUCCGAUUUACAUCCCCACGGGGGAGGGGUUACUCUCUAUAAUGCCCUAUACAGGGACGGCUCUGCCCGAAAAAGGUACCUUUUUCAGUCUUCAGAGUUGGGGUUUCACUAGUUGAAGUAUAUGGAAGGGUAGGGAAAUCUGUCAUUAAAUUUUUUGGUCUGUAAAAAGACCCGAAAGAACAAACAGAAGGAUUUUAUGCCUUUGUGAAAAAGUCCAGAAAACUUCCUGGUUUUGUGAUUUAAUCCAAUUUUCAUUAAGACAGUACUCUUACAGUGGUUAAAAGGGAUGCAGACUUCCAAACUAGGUAUGUAAAUAGAUAGAUAUUCUGUUUAUUUCACCCACUUGCAGCAAUAACUGAAUUGUUGGAGAAGGUCAUUGUCACGUACAAUUAACCAUUUACAUACAUUCACUGAAAUUUAUAAGUUACAAAGUCAUUAAUUCUUCUGGUAUGACCAUGUUGACGUCUUGGACGUUGGACCCUUAUACUGUAAUGAGACUCAAUAGCGGCAGGAGAGGGGAUGAUGUUCUUAAGGGGGGACAUUUGGCGUGCAGUACCCAUAAAACCGCUUACAAGCUCCUACUCUCCUGUCACUAAGAGUCUCCAGGCCGGCCAAGACCAAGGCUUUCGUUUAGUCUACCCGGCCAAAUAUUAUUUUGAGAGCUUUCCGCUGUACAGACUCAAUUAACUCGUCCAGAUAUGAAGGGAUCGCAGCCCAAACUGGCGAGGCGUACUCAACAAUGGAUCCAGCAAUACUACAGUAGACUAACACGAGAUCGCUAGUGGCCAGUCCAACUCUCUUGAGGGUCCGCAGCACAAACAAUCGCUUAGUAGCUUUUUUUAAGGAUACUGUAACAAUGUUCGUUCCAAUUAAGAGAGGUCAUCAGAGAUAACAACCCCCAAGAGUUUAUAACUAGAUACUCUAUCAAUGACUACACCAUUAAGCUGAAUCGGUGUUGUAAUUGAUAACCAUAUCUUUAUAUUUUUUCUUAUUAAGCCGCAUGUUACGUAUGGAAGCUUAGGUGUUAAUAUUUGCGGCGAUAAAUGGAAGGUAGCUAGGCGAACAUCGAGAAAUAGAUUCAAAUACCGAGGUGUCAUCAACGUAUUUAAUCCUAUAUCUCCAUUUUUCGAUGAAAAGUAUAUGAAAAGGGUAUCUUUUCAGUCAAAAACGGUACAUAAAAGGGUCAUGGAGUUUGACCUCCAAGUUUCCCCUUCAAUUGUCUUGACUGUUGACUACAUGAAGGAAAUCAAUAGUUUCAUGCCUAUUUUAUCCAUAAGAAUUUUUUUGAGCCGUUUUUAUCAGCUCAUUUUCUUUUUUUUAGAUUUUGUCUAUUUGAAUCUGACGUUUACCAUUUAAAGUAAACGUUACUCUAAAUCUCGCUGAAACUGAGACUUGAAAAUAACGAUAAUAUUUCAAAUGGGGGUUAGUCACAGCCGCUUAAUUGUAAUUUAUGUCUGUCGGUUUUGUUCCAAUGAUGAACAAACAGCCAACUUUCGUGAAAAGAAUCAAUAAAGCAAGCCUGAUUAUACAGCUUAGCUAAUGUUUACUUGUUUUCCUUUUCAACAACCUGCCCUUGGCUGCAUUACUGGCUAUAUCAUCAAUUUCAUUAAUUUACAUUAAUGUACAACAAUAUAUAUCAUCAAUUUCAUUAAUGUACAACAAGCAGAAAAAGAGAAGAAAAACACUCCACAGUUUGUGUUCCGUUUCAGCUUUGCUGUUGUCACUUACCGUCAAUGAAUAGCUUUUCUAUCCAUAUCAAUUCAGGGGCGAUCGUAUGACAGGUUUAUACUUCCGCUACUCCUUGAGCUAAAGAAACAUCUCGUCGGAUAAUCUCGACUUCUUUCUUUAUCACAAUACAACUAGUGCGCAUUUUGGGACCGAAAUUCCAACACGUUUCAGCGCUUUAGCAUCCGCUAUUGCUGUUUCUAAAGAAAACUCAGUCCUAAGUCCUCAGUCCAGUUUUCUGAGACAAAGAAGUUUUACUCAACGCCACCAGAGCUAUAGUCUAUCCGGCCAAAUAUUAUUUUGAGAGCUUUCCGCUGUACAGACUCAAUUAACUCGUCCAGAUAUAAAGGGAUCGCAGCCCAAACUGGCGAGGCGUACUCAACAAUGGAUCCAGCAAUACUACAGUAGACUAACACGACAUCGUUAGUGCCCAAUCCAACUCUCUUGAGGGUCCGCAGCACAAACAAUCGCUUAGUAGCUUUUUUAUGGAUACUGUCACAAUGUUCGUUCCAAGAGAGGCCAUCAGAGAUAAUAACACACAAGAGUUUACAACUAGAUACUCUAUCAAUGACUAUACCAUUAAGCUGAAUCGGUGUUAUAACAGUGGGUCGAUACUUCCAAAAAUUGACAACCAUAUCUUUACAUUUUUUCUCAUUAAGCCGCAUGUUACGCAUGGAAGCGUAAGUGUUAAUAUUUGCGGCGAUAAAUGGAAGGUAGCUAGGCGAACAUCAAGGAAUAGAUUCAAAUACCGAGGUGUCAUCAAAGUAUUUAAUCCCAUAUCUCCAUUUUUUCGAUGAAAAGUAUAUGGAAAGGGUAUCUUCUCUGCCAAAAAUGGUACAUAAAAGGGUAAUGGGGUUGGACUUCGGAGCGAAGCCUUCCCGUAUACAACUUUGUUGAACACCUCCGGGGUUACAUCUUAAACCCAGUGUAAUCAAUUAGCACCUGGUAAGUUCGUAAAACCUUGUAGCUAAAAAUACUCAUAAAGAGUCAGCAAUUCAACAAGGAACAAGGUCAACAUCAGUUUAAUCAUGGGUAUGUGCAAAAUGUGUUAGAACAUCGUGGUGUUAAAAAUUUUGAACGUCACCUCUAUUUCUGGAUGCAAAUGAAGGGGAAAGUUUAUUUUAAAUUAGAUACUUAAAAGUUAAAAAAUAUCGUACGAAUGAGGGUGAGAAAAUGUGUGGUCAGUAUUUGACAUUUCGUAUCAUAUAGGAGGUAAAUUUGAUCGGGCUGAUGUUCCAUUAUUUACAGCAGGACAAAUUUGGUAGAGAACGAUGAAAUGAGUUUUUUGAGGAGCCUUUUUCCUCCAGUGUGUUGUGCUAAGAAACGUUUUUAUUUGAUAUUUUUGAAAGGUCUUGGCCAGUAUAAAAACGUCAAUUCAAGGCAGAAGCGAGAUUCAUCCUUUGAUUCACAAAUAAAACGUCUGAUCAGAGAAGAGUUUCGUCUGCUGCAAAACAACUUCUGUGCUAAAAACGAAACGCUUUGCCGCUCAGGACCGAAAGGUAAAGCAGGAAAACGGGGAAGACCUGGAACCCGUGGAAGACGAGGUCCCCCAGGGAAACCUGGCUCAGAAGGACCACCAGGACCCGUAGGUGUAAAAGGGGAUCUCGGCGUACCGGGGAACCCUGGUCCCAUGGGUCCCCAAGGACUAACAGGACUAACAGGACCCGAAGGUGUAAAAGGCGAUCUCGGAUUACCGGGGAAUCCGGGUCCCACGGGUCCCCGAGGACCAGCUGGACCCGUAGGUGUAAAAGGCGAUCUCGGAGUACCGGGAAAUCCUGGUCCUAUGGGUCCCCAAGGACCAACAGGACCCUUAGGUAUAAAAGGCGAUCUCGGAAUACCGGGGGUUCCUGGGCCCAUGGGUCCUAGGGGCCCACCAGGUCAAAAGGGAAUCAAGGGUGAGCCGGGCCAGUCCAUCACGGCUCCUUCUCUACUACAGAGUCCUGUUAAAACAACUGUCAAUCAAAGUCAGACGGCCAUCUUGAAAUGUUCAGCAGAUGGUUACCCAACUCCGCAAGUCACAUGGUCUAAGCUGAAUUCGCAGCUACCUGUGGGACGCCACGUGGUAGAGUCCAGUGGUGCUCUAAUUUUGAAGUACGUACGGCCUGGGGAUGAGGGAGUCUACAGCUGCAAAGCUAAAAAUCUACUGGGAAGUGUGGACGCUUCAGCGAAACUCACUGUUCAGUGUAAGUACACUAUAACUGGGCAUAAUAUUCUGAAAGCAAUAGAAUUACAAUUUCAUAUAUCGGCAAUUGAUAGCAAAGCUUUGUUUAGUUAUUACGGCAAUAGAUGUAUAACGCGUUCAACUUAAUUCGUUUAGGUGCGAUGUAAAAAACAAAAUCCACUGAAGAACAAGUUAUUUCAUCAAAAGCUUACUUGAGAUUUUACGAAGUUCGAAUCAACUUAUUUUCGAAAUGGACUGAUUUUUUUCAGUUGACGAUCACUUUCCUUUUAUUUUCUAACACUCCUAAGUUAGACUGUCAGUAAACAAGCUUUAUUCUCUUUUUUUGUGCCAGUUGGUCCGCAACUUUCAUUGUCAUCCAAUCGAGUGAGGGCUGAAGAGCAUCAAAAAGUCACCAUCUCCUGCACUGUUACUGGUCAGCCGCCACCUAAGAUCACGUGGUCCAAGGCAGGUGGAAGUGUACCUGUAGGCAGAAUCCAUGUGCAAGAUGGAACCCUAAAAAUCUUCAAAGUCACAAGAAAAGACGGUGGAAUAUACAUUUGUAAAGCAAAGAAUAUUCUGGGUUCGGUGACAGACACUGCUCAACUUAUUGUAUACUCUCCUUUGCGGUUCAGAGUACUUCCUCCACAACAAGUGACUCCUAAGUAUGGUUCCCCUGUCCGUCUGCCGUGUGUGGCCGAGAGUGAGCUGAGUACUACUAUUUCUUGGUUAAAGAAUGGCGUCAGUGUACUUCCAGCAAACACACAUGUUCUUCAAAGCGGCACUCUAGUUAUUGAGAACAUCAAGAAGUUCCAUGAAGGUUCUUACACUUGUCGAGCGAGCAAUACUCUGGCAACAAUAGAAGCUAAAGUUAAAAUCAAUUCUCUUGUUAUGGCUACUUCCUGUUCUGUGAUCAAGAAAUACGGCAGUGGGGCAAGCGGAAAUUACGUCAUUGAUCCUGAUGGCGAGGGAGGUCUGGCACCAUUCACGGUGUUCUGUAACAUGACUGAUAAAAGUGGAGUUGGCGUGACAGUCAUUAGUCACGACAGCGAGAGUAGGACACAUGUUAAUGGAUGUGAGGAUAAAGGAUGUUACUCACGUGACAUUCAUUACACAAGAGUGAGUCUGUCUCAGCUGGCGAGACUUACCAGAGUCUCUUCACAAUGUCAGCAGUUUAUCAAAUACGAGUGUUAUGAUUCAGCGAUAUUCGGAUAUGGGGGAAGGGCCUGGUGGAUGUCACGUGAUUCCGCAAAGAUGACAUACUGGGGUGGAGCGUCACCCGGCAGUGGUAAAUGCGCAUGCGGGAUGACCAACUCAUGUGCAGACUCCAGUUAUGCUUGUAACUGUGAUAAGAAUGACUCUGUAUGGCGUGAGGACAGCGGUCUUCUCACUGAUAAGACAAAGCUUCCAGUAAAACAACUCAGGUUUGGUGAUACUGGGUUGAGCUACGAACAAGGGUAUCACACCCUGGGGAAACUGAAAUGCUUUGGUAUUGCGUGA